AUGACGAGAAGCCGGAUCGUCCCUGCUGAGAGCUACAGAGCUGGCAGGGCCAUCUCGACCACUGCCAGCCAUCGCCAAGGUGAUGCAGCGCCAACACCACUAGCUUCGCGUCUCGCUCUUGGAAAUUUGUCGCCGCUGCAGCCAAAGAAGGCGAGGAAAAGAUUGGGAAGAGGAGACAGUUCUGGAAGAGGAGGAACGUCGACGAGAGGACACAAGGGUCAGAAAGCCAGAGCUGGGAAUGGAAGACCGGUCCCGGGUUUUGAGGGAGGGCAGAUGCCGCUUCACAGGGUGUUGCCCAAGAGGGGCUUUGUGAACACGCACAAGCAAGAGUUCACAACGCUCAAUGUAGACAGGCUACAGAGCUGGAUAGAUCAGGGAAGGAUUGACGCUUCUCAACCCAUUACAGCUCGCGAACUGUACGCGAGCGGCUGCGUGACAGGGCGCCUGCGCGAUGGCAUCAAGCUUUUGGGCAACGGAGCAGACUUUGUCUCCACCCCGGUCAACAUCGUCAUUUCCAAGGCGACACCUACAGCAAUUGCUGCAAUCGAAAAGGCUGGAGGAUCGAUCAUGACGCGAUACUACACUCAGCGGACUUUGCAAAGUUUGAUUCAUUCCGAGCGAUAUGCGGACCGGCCUCCUCCUGCGCAUGCCCGUCCGACGCACAAGGAUGACCUCCUCUACUACUCAGACCCGAAGAACAGAGGCUUCCUUUCUUUCCUAACCCCGCCCGAGGUGGUUCCCCGCUAUGAUGCGGAUGGCAUUCUGGUCGCCGUACCGGACGCUUUUGCCAGAAAGGUGGCUACUGGAAGCACUGGCUCGACCGAAGCCGCUUCGGAUAGAGAGUCCCUCGAGACUAGAGAUGCGAUGAGCGCAUUGGCGAAAGAGGGGGUUCACAAGGUGGCGCAGACGGAGGCUUAG